AUGCGUCUCCUCACCCUCGCUUCUGCCGCCCUCAUCACGCUGGCCUCUGCCGCGCCACCACCCGGCUCGCUGGCCGCGCGCGCCAGCAACAGCGCCAGCUGCGUAUACACGGACUCGUCCGCAUCGAUGUUUCUUCUCGACUUUGUCGUCCGCGCGUCGGGAAGCUGGGUCGACGACUGGGGCCAAGGGUUCCUCGACAACCUACGCGGCCAGUGCGGCACCAUCACGAACUGGGGCUUCGACUUCCCCGACGGCACGGGUCGCGCAACGUUCUCCGCGUCUAGCCUGCUCAAGGCGGGUUGCGUCGAGGACGCGAUUUGGCUCGCGAGUAAUCCGACCGGCGCUAUUAAUGGGGAUUCCUUCACCGACAAUUCUUACCGAGAGGAGAAUUCUGAGAAUAUGUCGGAUAGUGAGCAUUCCUUCCAUUCGCUCCAUGGCCUCAACACGUCAACGCAGACCGGAAUGCCACGCUGGUUACAGCUUCUCCGGGACCGCAUCAAAGCCAAAUCUUGGGACGGGAAGCUGCGCAAGACGUCACCUCCGGCCGACGUCUCGAUUAGCGGCAUGUCUGCUGCGCAAUAA